AUGACCAGACUGUUGAACGCUGUUACUUUGCUUGGUGCAGGCACACAAGGCUCGCGCCUUGCCUACAUGUGGUCGCGCCUAGGAAGACCAGUCUACCUUGUCGACAAAACCCCAACCCAGCUUAAUCUAGCAUUAGCUACCGUCCAGAGACUACGAGCGAGCAACCCACCCAGCGAGGAAGGAAAGGUGAUCAGUCUCACUGCAGAUGAUCUAGACAAAGCACUCCAUAAUUCCUGGCUAGCUAUCGAGUGUGUCUCAGAGGACCUAGAGUGCAAGCGACCCGUGAUGGCGGAGCUCGAUAGGAAGUCCGACCCCGAGACAAUAAUUGCGUCGAAUUCGAGCAGUUACUCUAUUUCAGAGAUCUGCAAAGGACUCAAUCUGAAGGCGGAGGACAGAUUCGUCAAUCUGCAUUCAUUUUGGCCACCCGGGACACAAGCGGUCGAAAUCAUGGGUUCUAGCCAAACCAGAGCUGAUAUUAUCCCUCUUCUCAUGAGAGAAACCCAAGAUCAUGGGUUCCACCCCUUUCAUGUCCGCAAAUCCUCUAACGGGUACACCUUCAAUCAUCAUCAACGGGAGGCCCUUUAUGUCUUGGAAAUGGACAUCGCCGCUGGGCAUUGA